UUUACAUGUUAUCAUAACCUAUUUUUAUUUGUAUAAAAAAAAAUAAGUAAAUAUAAAUAAAUAUGAACGAAAUAUUAGAUAACAAUUUUAUAAAUAAUUAUGAUAAAAUUAAAUUGUCAUUAAAAAAUGCCACUUUUAUUGCAAUUGAUGCCGAAUUUAGUGGAAUUAAAGAAGAAAAUGUUGCAGAUUUAUCAUUAUUUGAUACGAUGCCACAGCGUUACAAAAAAUUGCGUGAAAACAUCAAUUCGUUUAUCGCAAUCCAAUUAGGAAUAAGUACAUUUAAAUAUAUAAGAGACGACAAUAAGUAUAAUGUCGACACGUAUAAUUUUUAUUUAUUACCGAGACAAUUGCCUUUUGAUGACAGACAAUUUUUGUGGCAAGUUGGAGCACUUGAGUUUCUAACGAGACAUAAUUUUAAUUUUAACAAGCUAAAUUACCACGGGAUAUCGUACCUAGAUGAGGAGAAGGAAAUAAAACUCCGGGACACAUUGAAAGUAAAUGAUUAUAUAAAUAAUUACGCAAUAUUUUCAAAUAGCAAUGACGAGUCGGUAUUUUCUACGGCGAUAAGUGAUGUGGCGAAAUGGCUGAAAGACUCUAAAUCUGAGAGGUCUAUUGAAUUGAAAUGUAACAACAUCGCGCAGCAGUGCUACAUCCAGCGAGAGCUGAGGUCGUCAUUCAAAUCCAUAUGGACUGAGUCGAAAGACCAGCUGAGUAUUUUGGUAAUUAAAGUGGAUGCUCAGACUAGAGAAGCUCUAGAGGAAGUUGAUAAUAAUAGUUUGGAGAACAAGAUUAUCGAUUACUAUUUAGGGUUCACCAAAGUCUUCAAGUUGCUGGUCGACUUGAAGAAACCCAUUAUUGGGCAUAAUGCCCUACUUGAUCUCAUGUUUAUUUAUAAACAAUUUUAUCGGCCGUUGCCUAGCAAUUAUUUGGAUUUUAAAAAGGAAAUUCACAAAAUUUUUCCGUGUAUUUAUGAUACCAAGUUUAUUAGCUAUGAGUUGAAGAGGAAAUUAGAUACAGAUUCCCUGAAGUCAAAUAUACUCCAAGAACUGUAUCAUUUCUUCAUCAGCGCUGGACACAUACUAGUGAUAGACUCCCCGAAAAUCGAAUUCUCAGAGCCAGUAAAUUCAGACAAGGAAAUAUAUCACGAUGCGGGCUGGGAUUCCUAUUACAGUGGGUACUGUUUUAUAAAAACAGCUUACGUACACGCGAUUAAAAAACGCGGACUCCGUGAUGGGUUAAUAGAACUGACCAACUCGGAAAUUUUUUAUGGAGUCCACGAGUACGUUAAUUGCGUUAAUGUCAUUCGCGCCGACCUUUCUUACAUCAAAUUAGACGGUCCAGAUCCUAAAUCAACGCGGCCUCCUUGGCUUAAUAUCCGCACUAAAAAAAUAUACCCAAUAAAUAUAAGCGAGAUCUCCGAAGAACUUUCACCGUUUGGAUCUCUGGCAAUAAAACCUCACACCAGAGAAAGUGUUUUGGUAGCGACGUCAAAUUACCGAACGGCGAGAGAAAUUCUGGAUCAUUUCCAGCGGAGCAAAGAUUACCGCGUCGCUCUCUAUAAUCCACUGAGACAUUCAUUAAUAUCAAAAUCAAUUAUAUGGAGCGGCUUCGUCCUGACCAGCGGCUUACUGACCUGGUUAAUCCACUCCAGGAUCACUAGAUCUUAACAAACGCUCUACAAAAUCUAAAUAACGAUCUCCAAAUUAGUAUUACUCAAUAAAAAAUCAGCUAAACAGUAAUAAUAAUAAUAAUUUGCAACGUUUUUUAAAUAAGAAUAAGCGGUACUCUGUUUUCCGAUAUUUCAAAAGUUUUCUCUGGCCGCAACCCAAGGCUACCCCUCGAAAUAACACGCUAGCUAUUUUGUGUAGGCGUUUUUUAGCUCUGCCUUGCUGUCUCAGUGUCUUUGUCCACGUAACAGAGAUCCAUAAACCAUGAGAUUGUCAAUCCAAUGCAGCCGGUGAAAAAUAGUUGGUAAAAAAACUAUUUAAAUCUAA